AUGAGUGGAGAGAGCGGAGGCGAUUCUAGGGUUUUGGAGAACGUUCACGAUGCGAUGGUUACGGACGCUGGAGAUGGGUCGAGACCGCCAGGGGAUCCGCCGGAUCCACAAGGGUCAUGGGCUAUGAAGGUUAGAGGUACGAACGCGGGUGGGAUGCCGACGCCGGAGAGUCUGAUAGAUGAUGCAUUUGUAGCAGCGAGAUUGAAUGUGGAAUUUCCAGAAGGGGAGGACGGAGAACCGGUGAUCACAAUCGGGGAAGAGGUGAUAAAGGCGAUGCAUGGAAUGUGGAAGCAGUGCAUGAUUGUCAAGGUGUUGGGGCGUAGCGUGAGUAUGCCUGUCUUGAGUCGGAAGCUGAGAGAGUUGUGGAAACCGAAAGGAGCAAUGUAUGUGAUCGAUCUGCCUCGGCAGUUUUUCAUCAUUCGCUUCGAGAUGGAGGAGGAGUACUUGGCGGCGCUAACCGGUGGCCCCUGGAAAACGUUUGGGAGCUACUUGAUGGUGCAAGCAUGGGACCCGGAUUUUGAUCCGCUUAGACAUGAUAUCACCACAACCCCGGUGUGGGUGAGGCUAACGAACAUCCUGGUGACGUUCUAUCACAAGGCGAUACUAAUGGGCAUAGCUAGAGGGUUGGGGAAGCCGGUGAAAGUGGAUCUCACAACCCUUAACUUUGAGAGGGGUCGGUUUGCAAGAGUGUGUGUGGAAGUUGAUCUUGCUAAGCCGCUAAAAGGUACGGUGAUGAUAAAUGGCGAUCGAUACUUCGUGUCUUAUGAAGGACUAGCAAAUAUCUGCGCUGGAUGUGGGAUGUAUGGGCAUAUGAUUCAUAGUUGUCCUCAGAAGACCCGAGAAAAUGUCGAACAACAAAGAAUGCCGAUUGUAGUGGAGAAGACGCCGACCAGAGCAGUGGAGGACGAUGGGUUUCAGACAGUUCAGAGUUCCCGGCGGCGAGCGGAGGCUCCGGCAACUCAGGUGAUAUUCACGGCAGGUACACCCGGCGGUGGAGGAAGAGGAAAUCUCCGGGACAUCUCAGCAACUAGCUCACAAAGGAAUAUUCCAAUUUCGAAUAGAUUUGGAGAUCUUACGAUUGAUACGGAUCUCCCAGAAUCUCGGGGACAAAUGGAAUCAGAGGAGGCGAAUAAGGAGAAUGUGGAUUCUCAGAAUAUCCACGGGAGAGAGAAGAGUGUGGGACAAGGCAUAAUGGGGUCAUCGAGCGGGAGUUUUGGAACAAAAUCUAAUGUGAACGCAACUGGGUCUAAGGCGAAGCGGGCCGGAAAACUGAGAACCAACGCGGCCCAUAAACAAAUCAGUAAAGGAGGCGUUAAUAGGCCCAUGCGUGGACUGAUCUUUGGCCCGACUAAGGGAGAAGAGGAACGCUUGUCGUCUGGAAAGAGACCGCGAGUGGAUCACGGAACUGAAGGAAGAUUGACCGAUGGAUUCGAGAAAUCAAGAGUUCACGGCGAAGGACAGAUCGGAAUGCAGAUUGACCUCACGGCGGCGUCACAGGAGAGAGGCCCGAGCGUGGAGGAAGGUGGGAGAUCAGGAGAGAAGGCGGAAGUUUCGAAUCCGGUGGAGGAGCCACAGGAUUCGUCGGCGGCGUAA